AUGUCAGCAGAAUUAUUAGAAAAAAUUAACGCAAUGAUUAUUAAAUUAGUAAAUAGAGAUAAUAUUGCUGUACCAACAAAUUAUUAUCUUGCUAAUCUAUCAAAUGAAGAAUAUGAAAUGACUAACAAAGAAUCUGUUGAAAGCUCUGAAACCGAUAUUCUUUCAGAUUCUACUCAAUAUUUUAAUAGUAGUAUGACUGAUGAUAAUAUAAAAGCAGAACACUGUGAUAUUUCAAGUAAUAUAGAUUCUUUAGAAAAUCCUCCACGAAUAACAAGUAAUGAAAAGGAAAAUGAUGCUACAUUGGCAGUAAAAAGGUCUCUUAAAGAAUUAUUUUGUGAAAAAGAGUGUGACUGGAACCCCAAAGAAUUUACAAGUGCAGCG